CCUUCCUGUUGCCUUGCACACUUGCCCUUGUUACCAGACAGGGAAACGGCUCUGCAGUCCCUUUCUCUCUGCAGUGACCACAGGCCUAGACAGUACUUGCAUUUCACUUGUGAGGACUGUCUGUGAGGUGUUCCUGGGGCGUGCACUGCAGGGAGCCCUUCACCAGAUUCAAGAUUUUCUGCCAUUUCAGCAGGAACAUUCAGAGCUCACCUUUGACACCAGAAAUCUCUUUUCUCUCUGGAGCUGUGGACACACUCUCAGAGACUAGAAAACAAGGUCCUGGGGAUCCUGCAAAGAUCCUGCCUAAGUACCCCAACCUGCUUGUCCCAGAAGAAAACAACAGUGAACAGAAACUCAUAUAUAACUUCAGCUGAGACCUCCCAUAGUUAACUGCCAUGGAUCAGUUUAUCUCAGACUUCCUAUCAGGAAAGAAGUUACAGCAAUUGUCUUCUGAGUUUCUCCCUUACUACUCUACAUUGAUCAGUAAGGCAGGAGGCAUCCUCUCGCAAGAAACCAUCAAUGAUAUUCAAGAAGACCUUGUAAAGGGGAAGCUAAAAGAUAUGGUUGGUAAGAUUCAGAAAUCACUUGUGGAAGCAGAGAAUGCUCCCCUGGAUGUGGCUGUGAUUGGGGAGUGUGGGACUGGGAAGUCCAGUUUCAUCAAUGCCCUGCGAGGGCUGAGUCAUGAAGAGGAGGGGUCUGCUAGUACUGGGGUUGUGGAGACUACCAUGAAGAAAACUCCCUAUCAACAUCCAAAAUAUCCCAAAGUGACCUUCUGGGACAUGCCUGGCAGUGGGGCCCCCAAUUUCUCUCUGGAGACUUAUCUAGAAACGGUGGAAUUUGCUAAAUAUGACUUCUUCAUCAUCAUAUCUUCCACUCGUUUCAAUGAAAAUGAUGCUCUACUGGCUCAGAAAAUCAAGAACGUGGGAAGGAAAUUCUACUUUGUUAGAACCAAGGUGGACAAUGAUUUACAUAAUGAAGAGAUAAGCAAACCCAAGUCCUUCAAAAAGGAGAGAGUCCUUCAGCAGAUCCGAGACUACUGCCUGGCAAAUCUCAGUGAUAUUGGAGUGCCUGAGCCACACAUCUUCUUGGUCUCCAACUUUGACUUGACUGACUUUGAUUUCCCAAAGCUGGAGGAGACGCUGUUGAAGGAACUCCCUGCUCACAAGCGCCACACCUUUGUGCUUCUUAUGCCCUGCUUGUCUGACUCUGCCAUUGAGAUGAAGAGAGAUUUCUUCAAGGAGAAGAUCUGGCUGGAUGCCCUGAAGACAUCAGCUUUGGCCUUCGUCCCCUUCAUGCCAUUCAUCUAUGGCUUUGACUUGCCUGAACAGGAGAAGUGCUUGGCACAUUACAGAAGUCAUUUUGGUCUGGAUGAUAAAUCCAUCAAAGAGAUUGCCCAGAACUUUGGCAUAUCUGAGCAGGAGAUUAGAAGCUCCAUCAAGUCCUUGGAUUUUCAAUUACUUGUGAAGGAUGAUUGUACAAUAGCAAAAGCCAAGACAUGUGUUGAAGCCUACUGCUCAGUGACUGGAGGUCUCAAAUCUUCUAUCUUACAGUUUGUGAAAACCUACAUUCUACAUUUGAAAUUCCUCAACACGGUGGCUGAUGAUGCCAAAAUUAUCUUGCACAAGACUUUAGGGAGCUGAAUUCUAAGAGAAUGAGGGGGAAGUGGGGUGACUUGCCUCACUGAAGAGAAAAUGGGUCUCGGGUCUUGUAGUCUAUGGAUGGGGAGGUCCUCUUCCUCUCAACGCCUAAGUUAACUCUUCCAUAAGGUGAAAGAUGUCUUUCCAGAGGAGGAAUGCCAUUAUUUCACACUGAUGUCUUAUUGUUGUGUAUGGGGGGUUUGACCUGCCUAUAUGUUGCUUGAAUCGCCAUAGAAACACGCCACAUACUUUCCAUUAAUCCCCAAGUGCUAUGAAGUAGUCUGUUGUAUGCAUUACUUAUUCAGGUAAUAAACAUUUAGUAGUAAUCGA